AUAAACACAACAAAACAAACAAAAUUGAAUCCAUUAGUCGUCGAGGAUUACCAAAAAGAAAAAGGAAAAUACAAAGCAGAAGUCGCUCAACGCCAGGUUAUCCCCAAUCUCGAUGAUCUUCUCUGUCUUCUGGGUCUAACGAUUUCCGCUGAAACCAUGACUCUCAAAUCAGUGCUUCGUGUGCUGCAAGAUAUCUUCCCUCAGAUUGAUCUUCGGAUACUUCGGGCCGUUGCAGUAGAAUUUUUUCAAGAUGUUGAUGGUGCAGUGGAGUUCGUUCUGACUGAUGUCUUACCAAUCAUAGAUGAACCAACGGAACCACCUUAUGAUCCUUGUAUCGCUUUUGAUGUCUUGCAGCCACCAAAUCAAGUAGGUGGGCACUCACACGUUGAAGGUGCUAACGAGGUGAAUUGUCAUAGUGACACUGCUGCAGAAACCAAAAAUCUUCUACUUUCUGAACCAAAAACUGAGUUUGAAAUGGAUCUUGUUACUAAGCACAAAAAUAAUGCUCAAGCAGUCCCAGAUAUGCACUUAUCACUACUUUCUGAACCAAAUACUGUAGUAUUGGAAAUGGAUCUUGUUACUAAGCACAGCAGAAAUAGUCAACCAGAUAUGCUCUCCUUGGAUGUAAUGCUCUUUGGUAAUUCUUCUGAUGUUAACACCCUCCCAAUGGAUGAAGUGUUGGAAGCAAAAAUGGAUGAGCACAAAAGUAAUGCUCAUGCAGGGGUUCACUCACUUGACUUAUUCUCUAUAAAUUCUUCUCAUAUUCUAUACAAGGAUGAAAUGCUGGACAGAGAACUGAAUCAAAUAGGUAAGUCGUUGGAAACAAACUUUUUGCAGAACUCUGGGACCAAGUGUCAGUUUCUGGAUGCUACUAGUGUUCAAGGACAUUUCAACACAAAUGUGGAUGGCACUAUAAGAGCUUCAGAAUGUACAUCUGUAGUUUCAUCUGGAGCCUUUCAACACAUCCAAGAUGCAACUGAGUGUGAAUCAGAAACGAAGAAUGAUUUAAACAGCUGCUGUAUGCAUUAUGAAGAACAGUCAUUUGGAUCAUACAAUUGUGAGGUGAAAAUCAAAGAUAAAUCCAUCUGUGAAGAUAAUAAUUCACUGCCUGCUGCUUUUGCCAAUGUUAAGAAAUUCCCAUCAACUCAUGAAAUUUCCCAAGAUCUGUUAUGUAGAAUCUCAGGAGUUCAAUGUAGUCCAUUGUCCCCAGAUGAUUUUGAAGUACACGAAUCUGAGCACCUAAGUGUGAAUGGUGUUGGUGUGUUGCCUUGUGACAAUAAGAAUUUAUCUGCUAUUGAUGAGCUCCAAGCAAAGGUGGCUACAGUAGAAGAUACUUUCAACAUAGACUUCCUUAACGGUGUUCUUGAAGCUCAAAACAAAAAUAAAACAUUGGCAUCUGCUCUGAAUUUGGCAAAUGAGAUGUUGAGAGAGGUAAAGCUUCAUAAAGAGAGAGCUGUGCUUGCUAAAAGAGAAGCCUCCACUGCCUCUCAAGAUGUAUUGGAAAAGGUGGAGGAGCUAAGACACAUGAUAACAUGUGCAAGGGCCACAAAUGACAAGAAAGCUGAAGAUAUCCGAGCUGAAACUUUUUCUCUAGCAUAUCAAAGUUCAGAGCUUCUAUCUCAGCUUAAUCUCAUCUCAGGUGAAAUAGAAAAGUACCUUUCUAUUGUACACAAGAUUCAUCAAACUCUAGAUGCCCAGUUAGUGGCUGCCAAGGAAAAACAAGCAGAGGCCGAGAAGGAGAAGCUUGCAAAGGAAACCUUGGCUCACAAAAUUCUAAAUGAGCAAGAGGGCAUCAUGGAUAGCUUAGCAAAAGAAGCAAGCCAGAUCCAGAAGGAAGCAGAGAAGAAUGCCAAGUUGUGGGAUUUCUUGAUGGACCGUGGUUGCACUCUCGAUAACCUAUAUGGAGAAAUAUUUGAUGCCUUCAAGGAUGUAUUGUUACUGCAAGAUAGUGUUGAUGGGCGCAUGCCUAACAACACCUCAAAAUGCUCCACUUUUGAGAAGAAUAUCUUGUCUGGAGGCACACAUCAUUCUGUGCUAAAUGAGAAAACUACCACAAUUGACGAGGAAGCUUACCGCAUCGAUAAGAAGGAGCAUUCUGAUGAUGACUGGGAGAUGGUGGAAGAUGAGGCUGAGCUAAUGCCUAGUUUGAUCGUAUUACAGAUUGUAUAAUACAUGUUACAUUAGCCGCCUAUGGUGUUGAACAAACUCUUCAUGUUGCACAACAUUUAGCUUGGUGAAAAACUACAAUUUCCAUUUGCCGUAAAUAUAAAUAUAUAUUAUUGUAAGAGAAGGAAAAGAAAAUGUAUCUUACAAACUUAUUGUGAAUAAAUAUAUAUUCACAUUGCCUGCCA